AUGGCUCCGUUCCUCAACUUUCUGGGGCGAAAGCCCGCCGGUCCUAGUGGCGGGGAAGCCGACGCUCAGUCCGAUGCCCGGCCCUCUGAAGACCAGCCUUCGACUCCAUUGAGCAUCAGAAAGAGCCACGAAACUGAACCACCUGAGUAUAAGCUGAGCGUUGUCGAUUGCAACGGGGAUUAUCUUCCACCAUCACCACCAGAGAAGGAGAGCUUCUGGCGCAAAUAUCCAGGAUCAAAGUCAUCCUCGAACCAUCGCAACCUUGUCGACGAGAAUGAACCAUUCUCCAUCUCCCGCGAGUCCUUCGACUCUUAUCGUCGCUCUUUCGACAUCUCCGCGCGCUCGCCGGUAAUCUACCCAGACAAUAUGCCCUCUCGAACAUCUCUCGACUCUCGCUUCUCCCGCAUAACCUCAACGUCCGGCUACAGCGGUCAACGGCCCGCGCCCACAAUGGAAGAGGACCAAUUCGAAGAUGUCGGGCUCAACGACGACGACACCGAGUCCACUAAGCCCAAAAAGAAAGGCAUCUUCUCGCGCUUCGGCGACUUCUCAAGCGACGCGCAUGCAGGAGGGUCCAAGCCAUCGUCACAUCUCGGCUUUCACAUCCCGGGCCGGAAAAAGUCCGCCCAGGCGCCGCCUAGCUCGGAGAUGCGCGCCAUGAAAUCACCAUACGCUUCUCAGUCUGAGGUGGCGGGGGUGCGCGAGUGA